AUGCACAAUCUACAGCAGAAGAAUAGAUUCGAGGUAUCGGUCGGUAUUGCGGAGUAUUUAGACGCUCAGUUAAAAGCAAAACCGUUCACACUACACUGCUCAUUGCUCCUAUUAGUACUUGCUUACGCUUUUGCGGGUGGUUUCAUUUUUAAUCGUUUGGAAGCUGAAGCUUUUCAACGUCACCAGGAAGAAACACGUCAAGAAAAGAUUCGCUGUGUUCUUAAGGCUGAGCUUAUUAAGGAUGUAGCGGCUAUAUUUAGGAAUAAAAAACUGCAAGCGAAAGACAUAAUUCUCGUUGCAGAAGUGAUCGGCAAACGUAUUGAGUUGUCGCGUAAGUUCGUACCGUUAUUCUCAACGUCAAAAAAUUCUAAGAAACCGAAAGUUUUGACAACGCAAUAUGUUAUUUGGAAGUGGGAGCUACCUUUUAAAAGCACUCGGCUUGUCCAGCAUUUUCGGCUUUUUCAAAUGAAAAGUGAUUAA